AUGGCAAUGCUCAGGAACAAAAACAUAACCUUCUCAUUGGUCUUGAUGUGUCUCAUUGUGGCGUCUCCAAUUGCUAAUGCUCAGCUUGGUGGUCUAGGUGGUGGGCUUGGUGGUCUAGGUGGGCUUCUUGGCGGGCUUACUAGUAUCUUUAAUAUCCAAGGCCUUCUCAUGUGCUCUGUCACUGGCACCGUCUCUACCAAUAACACGACUGCCGUUCCUCCUUUCCCUAAUAAUGCUGGGCAAAAUGUUUCAAGUACGACUACGAACGCUUAUGGAGUAUUCUCGAUUCCUACUAUUGGACUUCCCUUUUCGCCUUCAACACUCCUCUCCUCCGGUUGUAGGCUCGUCGUCACGACCCCUCUCACCGCCUGUAACGUCAGCCUCCCUGCGGCCGGACUCCUCAUGGCACCUUUAUCUCUAGUCGGAAUCGCUGCCGGCGACGGCCUUAACAUCUUCAGCCUCGUCCCAAGUGUCUUUGGCCUCGUCGGUUAA